AUAAGACCCACACACAAGGGCCAUAAUGAAUAAAAAGCAGAUAGAAAGGAGGAGCUACGCGUGAGGCUCUGGCAGGGCUCUCACAGACGGUAAUUUACGUUUUUGUUCUGCUUUGGUGAAGUGCUUCCCAAGAAAUAAAGCUCGAUAUCCGCGGGACGUCCUCGACGCGGCGAUGAGCGGCGGAUCGGCGCUCGGCUCCUAAGCUGCGCUUUACUGACGUGGGGAGAAGCGGCAUAAGUGGAGAGCCAGGCCAGGAGCAGGAGGGGGCAGCAGACAGACCGUCCUGGGCGGGCAGCACCAUGGCUGAGCCGGACUACAUUGACGCGGAUUGCGAUGAGCUCAUCAAGCCAAAAAAACUCGUGAACCCAUGUAAGUCUUCCAGGAACCAUCAGGACCUGCACCGGGAACUGCUGAUGAACCACAACAGGGGCCUGUCUCCCCAGAACAAGCCGGAGCUGCAGAAGGUCAUGGAAAAGCGGAAGCGGGACCAGGUGCUGAAGCAGCAGAAGGAGGAGCAGGAGGCCCACACGAAGCUCUCGGACCUGGAGAUCGAGCUGAUGAAGCGGCAGCAGAAGCUGGAGCAGUUUGAGCUGGAGCAGCAGAAGAUCGAGGAGGAGCAAGAGAACACGCCUGAGUUUGUCAGGAUGAAGAGCAACCUGAGGAGGACGAGGCAGGAGGCAGAGGGGCCAGACCAGACCCCAUAGUCUUGGUGGAGGGGGGGCUGUAGAGUCCACGGCACAUGUCAUGGUGACCACAUCACAGGGGGGGGUGGGUGGGUGUGUGUGUUCUGUAAACAGAUUUCCCCCAAACAGACUGGGGGCUCACCAGAAAUCGAACCCUAUCGCCCCCCCAGAAAUGGGGGGCUCCCCCUCACAAGCUAGUUUUGUUUGUCACAUUGUAAAUGGACAUUUGCACACUGGAUGGACUCUGGAGCUUCUUUUGAUUCACUUUUGUAAAGCCAACACGAGUGCAGUUAUUUAUGUGUUUUGUUCCUAGGUGUGGGAUUCCGGCCAUGUUUCUGCCGUUGUGGUUCUUUGCGUCACAUAAGCUGGGGUCUGUUUUUCCUCGGGGUUGGGGGGAUGGGGGAAUCGGUGGGUGUUUAAUUGUGUGACUCACUUUGCUGGUUUGGUUUC